GAGUUCAACACUCUCAUUAUAAGGGUUCUUCUCUCUCUUUUGGGCAAAAGCAGGCGCCAGCGCACGGAAUAAUAUUAUCUCGAGCGAAGGUGGGCGGCCGAGUUUUGCCUGCUGCUCAUCCUUUCUUACAAACUAAUUAACCUGAUGGCGUUUGUGAUCAAAAAUUCAAAAUUCCCACCCCUCGCGCGUGCAAUAUUAAAAAGGGAGGCUCGCGCGCACCGCCUCCCUCCGCCCCCUCUUGCAAGUCAAUACGUAUGCGCGCUGCCACUCAAGUCGGGGCGGCCUGCCGGCCUCUCGCAGUUUGUGCAAGCUCACAUUCCCAAAAUAUCGCGCAGCGAACGAGAGCCGAGGCUGCGCUGACUUUCGCGUUGUAUUUUAUUUUACCCUUGUUUGUGUGCCGCCGUCCGCAGGCUGACUCUGCGCGUCCGCACACAGGAAGCUGCUCCGGUCCACGCUGGCCCGAAAAACCCGCAUGUGCUUUACGAGAAUGGUGUUACUCAUGGGAGCAUCGUCAACCGGGGUGGCCGGCUAAGCAGAGAUGACAAGCUCUGGCGCGGGCGUGCGCAGGGUCGGUUCCAGCGAGACGCUGCUGCCUUCUACAUCGGCGUCGCCGCAGCGCCAGGCCUCGUCCAGCUCGAGCCUGUUGCCGCCGACGACGGCCGAGGCGCUGCCGUCGCCGACCCUCACCGUGGCGUGUUGCUCUGGCGGCGGCGCCGCUGACGAGGUGCUGCUCAACCUCGCGGGGGUGGCCCCGCCGCCGCAGGAGGCGGCACGCUCCAUGCCCGACCUUGAGCUGCACUCUCGCCGCGUUAACGACGCCAACGCGCCCAUCCUGAUGCAGGCGCCCGGUGCUGACGCCGUCCUCGGCUGCCGACUGCGCUCCUCGCUCGCGCCGCACCCCUACGCCCGCUGCCGCUGCGAGGCGAUGCCCCUGGCGCGCUCCGCCUCCAGGGAAAGCGUCCGAAGCUCCCUACAUCAGAACGCGCCGACCAUAAUGACGAGCGACAUGACGCUGCCCAUCGUUUUGACGCCACGCGAGCAGCACGUGGUGCCGGCGUGCAGCUCGCGCAUCAUCCGCCAGAGCUCGCAACCCGAGUCGUCGUGCAUCCACUGUCACCACCCGGUGCCAAGCGCCUCCCUCCGCCAACUGCGCGAACCCGGGGACGGGAUCGCGGGCAUCGCGGCCGAUUCCCUCAGGAUCAAUGGCGCCAUCCGCCAGUUCAAGCAGGGAAUUCUUCUGACACCGCAAACUCUUACUCAAGCGAGGAGAACCCGCUUCCGGAGGGCCUUAACCGACGCCAACAGUGAAACGGUCACCUACACCAAAACGUUGCGCAAGCCAACGUCGACGACGUCCAUCCCUGGCGCAAUGAAAAACCAGUCCAGCAAAGAUUCUGCGAGCGAGGAGGCCGGAAUCGCGUUGGUUGGAGUCCACUCUGAAUACCCAAAGUACACAGAGGAGCGCAAGGCACUUGUCGGCACAGGAGGCGGCGGCGGCGGCGGCUACGGGGGCGGCGGAGGCGGCGGAGGCGCUGGAAUCUUAUCUGCGGCGGGCACCGGCUGUGCUGGCAAGCACAGCAAGCCAAACGUCGGCUACAGGCUGGGCCGACGCAAAGCUUUGUUCGAAAAACGAAAGCGCAUCAGCGACUACGCCUUGGUCAUGGGCAUGUUCGGCAUAAUCGUCAUGGUCAUCGAGAACGAACUCUCCAGUGCCGGGGUCUACACCAAGGCGACUUUUUAUUCGACCGCGCUGAAAACGCUCAUCUCUGUAUCGACUGUGAUUCUUCUCGGGCUAAUCGUAGCCUACCAUGCCCUUGAGGUGCAGCUGUUCAUGAUAGACAACUGCGCCGACGACUGGCGAAUAGCAAUGACAUGGCAGCGCAUUUCGCAAAUCUGCCUGGAGCUUGCCAUUUGUGCAGUCCACCCGAUUCCUGGUGAAUACUACUUCACAUGGACCACAAAACUAGCCAACAAGGGUGGCCACCUCGACUCGAGGGAGGUGCCCUACGACGUUACGUUAAGUUUGCCCAUGUUUCUUCGCCUGUACCUCAUCUGCAGGGUGAUGCUGCUGCACAGCAAGCUGUUCACGGACGCUUCGUCGCGCAGCAUCGGCGCCCUCAACAGGAUUAACUUUAAUACGCGUUUUGUAUUGAAAACUCUGAUGACAAUAUGUCCUGGCACGGUGCUGUUAGUGUUCAUGGUGUCGCUCUGGAUCAUCGCAUCGUGGACCCUGCGGCAGUGCGAGCGGUUCCAUGACGAAGAACACGCCAACCUUCUAAAUGCUAUGUGGCUUAUCGCCAUAACUUUCCUCAGCGUUGGAUAUGGGGAUAUUGUGCCUAAUACUUACUGCGGGAGGGGAAUAGCUGUUACGACUGGUAUUAUGGGUGCUGGAUGUACUGCGCUACUGGUAGCCGUGGUUUCCCGGAAAUUGGAGCUAACUCGUGCCGAAAAACAUGUGCACAACUUUAUGAUGGACACGCAACUAACAAAGAGAUUGAAAAAUGCAGCGGCCAACGUGCUGCGCGAGACGUGGCUCAUCUACAAGCACACCAAGCUCGUGAAAAGGGUCAACCCCGGCCGAGUUCGCACGCACCAGCGAAAGUUCCUGUUAGCCAUUUAUGCCUUGCGGAAAGUCAAAAUGGAUCAGCGAAAGCUGAUGGACAACGCCAACACCAUCACAGACAUGGCGAAGACACAAAACACGGUGUACGAGAUUGUGUCCGACAUGAACACGCGGCAGGACGUUCUGGAGGAGCGGCUGACGGCGCUCGAAGAGAAACUGAACGCCAUCCAAGAGCAGCUCGAGUCGCUGCCGGACCUGCUGACGCGGUGUCUGCGGCAGCACAGCGACCGGAUGGACCAGCGCCGCAAUUUCCUGCAUCCAGAGUCGGCGGCGUCCCUCACACCGGCCGUGGUGGCCGCCGCACCGGCCGCGGCGCCCCCUCCCUCCACAGGGCCUAUUCUCUCACAUUCCCGGAGCGUUCCUGCCACGUGGAUCGGGGCGGGAAACCGCACCUCCCUAUUCGAAAGGGCGCCCACUUUGCCGCCACCCCCUGGGUCGGUGCCCACGUCACCGGCGGAUGUGCCCCCCGCGUUGCCCAACAACUCGGCCAGCUGAGCCAAGCCCACGGCCGCCACCAUCGAAAGUGCACUGUGAGCGGCAGUGGUUUUGGCAUGUGCACCCCCCCCCUCCCCUUGCGACCAAAGGUGGCUUGCACAAAAAGCAGGUCUCUGGAGCUGCCUCUUUUUUUAAACAACUUGAAAUUGUUUUCCAUCCCGUCGUUUUUUGUGCGAAAUUCUUUGCUUUUGAAUCUCUGAUCGAGAUAAAUAAUAGACAUGCAUGUAAUGAUUAUAAUAUGUGAAGAACUUUAUUGGUUUCCAAUUGUGUGUAAAUUUGUUUGCGUCUAGAUAGAAGAAUUUCAGAGGGAGAGAAAAAUUAAAUUUUACUAUCAUCAAUAGUGGCUGUGCCUAGGACUAAUGUAUAUUGCUGAUAAUAUGCAUAAGAAAAAUUAAAAAAAAGCAUAAAUAAGUGAGGGACUUUGCAAUUUUGUUCAGUGAAUUUUCCAAAAAUUUUCAUCAACCACUUUAAUUAAUAAUUGCAUUUAAUAUAUCUGAAAAAAUAUAUUUAAAAUAAAAAUUUCAAACAGAAAAUUCGAGUAAAAUAUCUAUUUAGGCUUAUUAAUUUUAAAUAAUUUCAGCAAAGUUCCUUAUCGAUCAAAAUUCAAAAUUAUGAACAAAAUUGAUGUGUAUUGAGAAAUGCCAAUCCUGUGCCCUCCUGUUAUUAUGUAUGAUGAUGUUUGUUGUUUAUUCUUAACAUAUGGGCAAGUUGUUAAAUGAAAAAUUUGAAGCAAAGUUUGUACUUGAGAUUAAUUCUACGUAGUGUUUAUAAAUUCUGUAUACAAAGACGAGUGUAAUGAUCACACUUACAUUUAUGUAAAUAUAUAAAGACAGUGCUGAUUUAAGGCAGAUUUCAAACAUCACUGGAAAAAACACACAUCAGCUUGGAGACAUUGAACACACCCUACACACUCACAUGAGACCAACAUCAGUGAUAUAAAAAGUUGUUGAGCGAAUUAUAAAUCUUUAUAAAAGAGAGGGAGUGAAUGUUAAAAGAGAGUGCUUAAAAUUUUUGCUAAAACUUAAAUAAACAAAAUAAUAAGAAGUAACGAAAAAGGUAAAAUACAUAACCGGUGCUAAAAACCUCUACUUAUUCAUUUACUUUACCGUCCCAUGGUUAAAAAUCAUUGAUUCAAGCAAAGAUAUCACGGUGUUUUCAAUUUCUAAUUCUUGUACUUUGUAAUUAAUUUGGAUAAAGUAUCACUUUGACAUUUUUUGAUAAAAAUGGUUAAAAUUGAUAUUUUUUUUCGCUUCUUGGAGCCGCAGUCAUGACAAUUAUAACAAGAUAAUGUGUUCAAACUUUUGUACUGUUAUUAAGGGCAAAGGCACAUCCAGGAGCUUCAUUAAUUUCCAUUUUUGGAUACACAAAACAUACUCGCACAUAAAGAUGCUUCAUGAUUUUGCAAGAAUUAAUUUACCUUUAAAGAAAUGAGUGAUAAUUUCUCUCUUGCAAGUUAAACCAACAAGGAUUAUUGGAUAAUUAUUUAGGUUUCGAACUCCUAAACUGUCCUUUACAUUCAAUUUUUGAAUUUCCAGCCGGUUACCAUUAAAAAUUAAAUCAAAUAUUACGCAUAAACUCUUAAAGAAAAACUACUUAUUACAUAUCAUCAUAUUUUAUGCUAGGAGUGAAGGAUGCUUUUAAAAUAUUGUUACAAAAGGAAAGGUCACAUGUAAAAAUUUUCCGCUAUAUAGCCACUUUGGUAGCUGUGCUACCAAAAAAUCUUGGGAAGUUUAAACCCCCCUACAAGUUUUGCAAUCAAAAUGCAUGUAUGUCAAAGCAGGUUGUUAUAAAGUUAGAAAAAGGCGUGACCCUUUAUUGGUUCGUUCUGCAUUAUUUCUCACUUCAAUCUGUGAACUCGUUUUAAUACUAGGCAUGGUGACAAAAAUCAAGACACCACCUAUCUGAUAUAUUCGCCUUACGCAGUGGAGUUUUUAUCACAGGAAAGUUUAUGGGGUAAAUGUUGCCACGUUUUUAUAGAAGAAAUUAUAUAUACUCUAAAUAAAAAAAAACAAAAAGAUUUUCCAGGAAGAAAAAAAAAUAAUGAAACGUCUGUAGUUCUAUAUAAAGAGUUGCAUUUGCCAUUCAAAUUGAUCAAAACACGUUUAUAAAUUUUUUUCAAUGAUUUAGUCUCGUUUUCGCGUUAUUAAGAGAGAAUUUCCAAAUCUCAUUGGUUGAAAAGCUUUAUAAGAUAGAAGUAUAAAUCUAUGAAAGAUGUGUAUUUUAUCACGAAAACCGGAAAUUAAAUAAAAACAAACCAGAUUGUUUUACUUUUUAAUCACUCACUCGCUUUAAAAAAAAAAGAAAGAGGAAAUUCCAAUUAUCCCACUGUUUAUUUUAAAAAUCCGUCUUGUUGCUGAAUAGAUCGCAAAAUGUUUACUUAUGAAGUUCCCAUUUUGAUUUAUUGGUUCAUGUGAUAGAGAAAAAGUGUGUUGCAGAAUCUGUUUCAAAUUAUAUGUUGUGAGCCGGUAUAAAAUAGCAAGCCCACGCGAAUAUGUAUCGACCGUUAUUAUUUUGUUACGCUACAUUGUAAUAAGGCACGCGCGAGUUGUUAUUUUGUAAAAAUGUCAGAAGUGAGAUUUAUAGAGCGAAUUUUAAAAUUACUCCUCAUACAAGUCAUGUUGCAAUGACUAACUGAGGAGGAGAGUAACAAAUGGGCUAAAAUUUAUCAAGAAUGAACAAGGAUAAUUAUUUAAAAUAAAAACAUAUUAUAGAUCUUG